GGGCUUAUGACAAAGAUAACCUGUUAUUCAUUUGGAGGCGGACUACCGCUCAGUAGAGUUGGGUUUUUCCUUCAGAUCAGAGAGGGUGGUCUGUGCUUUCCUGUGGAAUCCCAAUGAAAUUAAAGUAUCUUGGAGAAGACCUGUUGUGAAGACUAAUUGUAAAAAAGUUCAGGUUACCAAAGGCGCAAACAUCUGCAUGGUGGAGUUCAUUUCUUUUGUUCCUGGGAACUGAAUAGGAGAAAGGGACAUUUCAGGUUAACUUGAUAAAGACACAUUGAGUUGAACAAUACUGUGUUCGCCUCUUGAGGUCAGUGUGUGACUCCCAGAGCCAUCAGAUGAUCUCCAUGUGUGACACCAAAAGUCAGAGGUCACCCAACGGGGAAUGCUCUUGUUUUGUUUAAAGCAUAGACCUGGCAAGAAGAUUUCUUGAACAUUGGGAAUUCUGCAGAACUCUGCCAGCAAAUGGAGCUUGACAAUCAGAAGGGAAAGUUGGGGAAAACAGAGUGACCUAGGACACACAGUUCUACUAAAAAUCUUUCAAGGAUCUUGAAAUACUUUUUCUUUUGGAGUGAAUCAAAUUACAAACUGAGAGAGCAUGAAUCAGAAGUCUGAUUUGAAACCAUCUGGUAGCCUACAGGCAAGCACAACAUAUCAUAAAAGAAACCUGAUUUUGAGAAAAGCUUCUAAGUCUCUCGAUGUUUGUGGCGUUGGACAUAGAUGAUAACCUUGGCCUGUGGAAGGCUUGCUGGCAGACUUGUCGGAGGAUCUGACAGAGGCGAAGCACAGUGAAAUAAGAAAAGCAAAAGAAACAGAAGAACACAGGCAAAUCAUAAUCCCUACUCUCCCGCAGCAAUGGGUUGGCUGGAAGAAUCAAACUGGCAGCUUCACAUUUCCUUGAUCAUGCUACUCUCCAUGCACACCAAGGCCAGUGGUCUAGACAAACCGUAUUUGCGGAGUUCUGGACAGUUGAACUUGGAGAACAGAAAGGAAGAUGGUGAGAGUACAGCACCUGCUCCUCCCCAGAAGCCACUGCAGUGUCACUGCAAUCACCACUGUCCAGAGGACUCAGUCGACAGCACCUGCAGGACUGACGGCUACUGUUUCACCAUGGUAGAAGAAGAUGAAUCCGGAGGACGUACAAUUGCUUCAGGAUGCCUAGGCUUAGAAGGCUCAGACUUCCAAUGCCGGGAUACACCCAUAAUACAUCACAGAAGAACUAUUGCAUGCUGCACAGAUGAAGAUUUCUGUAAUGAAAACCUUCACCCUACACUGCCACCACUGAAAAAUAGAGAUUUUGUUGAAGGAAACAUUCACCAUAAGGCCUUGCUGAUCUCAGUGACAGUUUGCAGUAUACUCCUGGUACUUAUCAUCAUAUUCUGUUACUUCAGGCAUAAAAGGCAAGAAACCAGACCUCAUUACAGCAUUGGACUUGAACAGGAUGAGACUUACAUUCCUCCAGGGGAAUCCCUGAAAGACUUGAUUGAACAGUCUCAGAGCUCAGGAAGUGGGUCUGGGCUCCCUCUGCUGGUCCAAAGGACUAUAGCAAAGCAGAUUCAGAUGGUGAAACAGAUAGGUAAAGGUCGCUAUGGAGAAGUUUGGAUGGGAAAGUGGCGUGGAGAAAAGGUAGCUGUAAAAGUGUUCUUCACCACUGAGGAGGCCAGCUGGUUCAGAGAGACAGAAAUCUAUCAGACUGUCCUGAUGAGGCAUGAAAACAUUUUGGGGUUCAUUGCUGCGGACAUUAAAGGUACAGGGUCUUGGACCCAACUGUAUCUUAUCACAGACUAUCAUGAGAACGGCUCCCUGUACGAUUAUCUAAAAUCCACGACCUUAGAUUCAAAAGCCAUGCUGAAACUGGCCUACUCCUCCGUCAGUGGUUUGUGCCACUUGCACACUGAGAUCUUCAGUACUCAAGGCAAACCAGCUAUUGCCCACCGUGAUCUGAAAAGUAAGAACAUUCUAGUGAAAAAGAAUGGAACCUGCUGUAUAGCAGACCUGGGCUUGGCAGUUAAAUUUAUUAGUGAUACAAAUGAGGUGGACAUACCACCAAACACCCGGGUAGGAACAAAGCGCUAUAUGCCUCCUGAGGUGCUGGAUGAAAGCUUGAAUAGGAAUCACUUCCAGUCAUAUAUCAUGGCUGAUAUGUACAGUUUUGGACUCAUCCUUUGGGAGGUGGCAAGGAGAUGUGUGUCAGGAGGAAUAGUUGAAGAGUACCAGCUUCCAUACCAUGAUCUUGUGCCAACUGACCCCUCCUAUGAGGACAUGCGGGAGGUUGUGUGCAUCAAGAAGCUCCGUCCUUCAUUCCCCAAUAGAUGGAGCAGUGAUGAGUGCCUAAGACAAAUGGGAAAACUCAUGACAGAGUGCUGGGCUCACAAUCCUGCUUCUAGACUGACAGCCCUGCGAGUAAAGAAAACACUUGCCAAAAUGUCAGAGUCACAGGACAUUAAACUCUGAUUCUGAGGAGAGAAGACUCAUCCACUCCCUGUUUGUUUGCAUGGGAAAAAUACCAUACCAUUUCAAGAUUCUGCAUGUUGCUUUCUGUGAAAGCCCAUUAUUUUUUGAUUUUUAUAAGAAGAUACUGCUUUAAAUUUUAUGUGCAAGUGAACCUUAUGGUUAGAAGUGAAGUGAAGUAAAGACUUAAAUUUAAAAAAAAAUUCAGAAGAAACUUUCAUUUAUAAAGAAAGAGAUUUGCACUCUCAAAUAGUGAAGGCAAACGAAACGAAUGGAAAACCAUUGGGAUAAUAUUUUUGUUUUGGAUUCUCUCUCAGAUUGUGUUCUUUUUUGGGAACCAGUGCCUUAUGAAACCUGUAAAUACUACUGUACUCUAAGAACUAGGGAACAGAACAAACUGUUGUGUUGUUGUUGUAUUUGUUUUAACAUGC